AGCGUUGUUGCGUGUAAGGGGAGCGAUCUCUCCAAAAAAAACUUUGAGAGAGCGGAAGGUUUCAGAGAAGACAGUUUGGGAGAGAUGAGUGAAAUUUCUGGUUGCAGAUCGCCGACUUUGCUUUUAUUAUUAGCUUCAAUUUCUCUCCAAUUCUUUCCAGGCCUUUCUGACGAUUCAUCUAGUUCCAAAGAUGGUAAAAAAUCUGAGAGUCAUUCCACUUCCAGCCACACCGGUUCAACGUUGGUCAUCAUAUUCCUUGGACUUGUAGUAGUUGCGUUGUUCUCCUUUUUCCUUUUCAAGCUAUGGCAAAAGAAGAAACGAGAAGAACAGUAUGCCCGGCUUUUGAAGUUGUUUGAAGAGGAUGAUGAGCUUGAGCUCGAACUCGGUCUUCGGGAUUGAAAUACUUUGUUUAUAUUCAAGAGUUGCGUGGAUUUUGUAUUUGAAAAACUCACUCUCCUAACCAGGAUGGAAGUUGGGUGUCUGGGGUUGAGGUUAGAUAAUUUCUGUCAAUUGUGACAUUUGUGAUCAUAUCUUCAAAUGUAAUCUUAUGCUUUUACUUUUCGUUUUGUUUCUUGAGUAUGAUAUCAUACCAUAUGUGAGGGAUACUAUUUCAUAUGGAGCGCUGAGGUUCACAAAUCAGUGUUUGUAUAAAUGACCUUGAUUUCGAAUUCA